AUGAACAGAGCGGAAAAAUGUCAAAAUUUCUGGAGCCAGAGGGCUACUCUGGAUCAGGAUGGAAUUGAUAUUCUUCACGACCGGGAUGCCGAGGAGAUCUUACCCUAUGAAGCCGAUGAUUCGCCUUUUCCGGAGGUACGGGCUGUCAUCCAGCCAGUCAAUGACUUGACCCUGCCUGUUAAUACGGUUCGCAUGUGGACUAUCGGUAUUUUGUUUACUAUCGUGGGGAGUGGACUCAACCAAUUCUUCAGCUUGCGACAGCCCAGUGUAAAUAUCAGUGCCCUGGUAGCCCAGUUGCUGGCUUUCCCCCUGGGAUGUGCCUGGGCAAAAUGGAUACCCAUUGGAGUGUUGAAUCCCGACCGACAUUUCAAUAUCAAGGAGCAUGCCUUGAUCACAAUCAUGGCAAAGGUUUCUAUUGGCUCUGCUGCUGCCACCCAAGUUAUCGAGGCACUUGUCAAAUUCUAUAACAUGCCAUCCCAAGGUGGAUUUGAGGUCUUAUUAUGCAUUACCACACAAUUGUUCGGCUUCGGCUUAGCUGGCCUAGCCUCGCGCUGGCUAGUAACCCCGGCAUCCAUGCUUUGGCCACAGGUAUUGUCAAAUGCAGCACUUUUGACCACUCUCCAUUCUCGCUCCAAUACUAUCGCAGAUGGCUGGCGGAUCACACGUCUCCGCUUCUUUCUUUAUGUUUUUACCGGUGGCGCUAUCUGGUACUUCGUCCCAGGAUAUGUCUUUACAGGUCUCAGCACCUUCGCCUUCAUAUGCUGGAUCGCGCCAUCCAACGUGGUGGUAAAUCAGCUUUUUGGACAAACAACUGGACUGGGGAUGUCGGUUCUGACCUUCGACUGGGCCCAGGUGGUCUAUGCCAAUCAUAGUCCCCUGCUUGUUCCCUUCUGGGCCGGUCUUAACGUGAUAGGAUCAUUCGCGUUCUUCUUUUGGCUCUUGUGUCCCCUCGUUUAUUACUCCAACACUUGGUAUUCCGCACACCUACCACUGCUCAACUCUGACACGUUCGAUAAUACCGGAGUUCCUUAUAACACCAGUCGUAUCAUGGGGCCAAGCGGAAGUAUUGACCAAACUGCUUAUCGGGACUAUUCGCCCAUGUUUUUACCGGCCGGCUUUGCAAUCACAUUCGGUGUUGCCUUUGCUAACUUGACGGGCAUCUUCUUCCAUGUGGCAUUGUAUCAUGGUAAAGACUUGUGGCAACAAUGGAAGGGGACAAGCAAACAAGAUGUCCAUGGUCGACUGAUGUCUUCGUAUCAAUCCGUUCCCUGGUGGUGGUUUGCUGCAAUAACUGCCAUUAUGUUUGCCUUGAGUGUUGUCACCAACGAAGUGUGGCAUACGGGCCUACCGGCAUGGGGUGUGCUUGUGGCAUUCGUGUUACCGGCGGUCUACUUUAUCCCUGUGGGAGUCAUCAAAGCCAUCACAAAUAUCAGCAGUAACCAACUUAACCUGCUCACGGAAUUCAUUGGCGGGUAUGCCUUCCUCGGGCAGCCAGUGGCCAACAUGGCUUUGAAGUUUUAUGGUUAUGUCGCUGUUCAGCAAGGGCUCGAAUUUGUCGCCGAUAUGAAGUUGGCUCAUUAUAUGCACAUCGCUCCACGGCUUCUGUUUGUAGCUCAAGGCCUUGCCACACUCAUUGGAGCUAUCGUCCAAUGUGGCGUUACGGUGUUCAUGAUCACCAGAAUUGAUGGCGUGUGCACCCCUGAGGCUGAGGGGAAUUUCAUCUGCCCUCAUGGAAAAGUCACAUACUCUUCGUCUCUCAUUUGGGGUGCUGUUGGUCCAGGCCGGUUGUUUUCUCCGGGGCAGAUAUAUAGCAAUCUGCUUUGGUUUUUCCUAGUUGGACCCACGGUGGUAGUCAUUACCUACCUCGUAGGUCGUCGUUGGAAAGCUGCCAAUUAUAUCUCCUGGCCCGUCGCCUUCGGUGCAAUGAGCUUAGUCCCACCCGCUACAGGUAUCAGCUUCUCCUCGUGGUGGAUAGUCAACUUGAUAUUCAACGGCAUACUCCGUCGCCGCAAGCCCGCGUGGUGGUCAAAAUAUAAUUAUGUGCUAUCCGCCGCUUUAGACUGCGGUGUUGCAGUUGCCACGGUAAUCAUCUUCUUUUGCAUCACUCUGCCGGCCGGCUCGCUGAACUGGUGGGGGAAUACUGUAUCGAAAACCACAGCCGAUGGCAAAGGAACACCCUACAUGACUUUACCAGCGCAAGGCUACUUUGGCCCUCCAAAGGGAACUUGGCAAUGA